CUACGCUGUGCUUCCUUCUUCGCGACUUGUUGAUUGUUGAUGUCCGCCUGGCCGUCUGGUGUUCCUCCGGCGGGGGCCCGACUUCCGGCAGCUACCGGUAGCCAGCCAGCCAGCCAGCCAGCCAGCCUUUUAGCACGACCGAUGUUGGCGAGGGAGUACCGCGGUCCAGCGCGCGAGUUGCGGGAGGGCUGGCUAUCUACGUAGUGUUCGAUCCUGCGCGCGUUUGCUGUCUUGCUUGCGUGUCCGAUUUCUGAAGUUCGCCCCGCCCACGAUCCGGGUGGUUCUUGUCCGUGGCUUUUGCUGUCUCCCCCCGCUGCUCGCGCCCCUUCGUCUGGCCGGGCUACCAACGUUGUCAUCACGUGUUGUUGGUUUUGUUAAAAUAGAUCGGUUUGCUGUUUGGCGGCUUUGAGGGAAGGAGAGCGGAGCGGUGGGAGCAAUUAGCGAAGUGGCGGGCAGCAGUCGUGUUGCUCUGUGUUGCAAUACGCCGAUGAGCGCUUUGGCGGCUGUACGCAGCACGUGCUCGGGCGUCAGGCGGGUGUCGAUUGCAUGCAGUAGAAGAGAUCUGAGAGCAGGGGCCAUGGCAAACGCUCAGUCUUUCGCUGCGAUUGCCGCACUGCGGCUGCAGUCGCUGACAUCGGCCACGCCGUCGUCGCUGUCGUCGACGGAGACCCUCGACAGAGUACCGAAGGUACGAUCGGGGUGUCCGUCGAGUCCGUUGUUUUCAUCUCAAAGCGGACCGAGUGGGCGAUCUACGGCGGAACGUUAUGCCUACUCCACUUCAUCUUCGGCGUUGGAUUUGCGCAGCAGUUUCGCGAUCGGCGGACAUGGCGCCGCCUCCCUGCGCUCAUCCGUAUUGCAUCCCAGAGUUGCGCAGCACCGUCGAGCGCACCGGCGCGCCGGCCACGCGCGCGCGGACGCAACGGUUGCAGAGAAAGAGCCAUCAGUGGGACCCGCCGAAAAGUUUGAGUAUCAGGCAGAAGUGAGCAGGCUUCUGGAUCUCAUUGUUCAUUCGUUGUAUAGUCAUCCAGAGGUGUUCCUCAGAGAGCUGAUCAGCAAUGCAAGUGAUGCACUGGACAAGCUCCGCUUUCUGAGCGUAACGGAUGCAUCUUUGCUUGCCGGGGACCCUGAGUUGGAGAUUCGCGUCAAGGCGGACAAGGAGGCAGGGACCAUUGAGAUCACGGAUACUGGAAUUGGAAUGACAAGGGAGGAACUGGUGGAGAGUUUGGGAACAAUUGCUCAGAGUGGUACUGCGAAGUUCGUGCAGGCUUUGAAGGAUAAUAAAGAGGGUUCUACGGAAAACAAUUUGAUUGGGCAGUUUGGUGUUGGAUUCUAUUCAGCUUUUCUUGUUGCAGACAAGGUGACAGUGACCACGAAGAGCCCAAAGUCUGGAGCAGUUUGGGAAUGGGAAUCUGUAGCUGAUAGUUCAAGUUACACUAUUAAAGAGCUGCCUGAUGCUCCAGAACUUCCCAGGGGCACAAAGGUCACGCUUCACCUCAAGCCUGACUGCAAGUUCGAGUACACGGAGCAGCAAAGAGUUGAGAACUUGAUCAGGCAGUACUCUCAGUUCAUUUCUUUCCCGAUUUACACUUGGAAGGAGCUGAGCCGUGACAAAGAGGUGGAAGAGGAAGUUGAAGUGGAGGGGAAGGAUGGCGAGGAGAAGAAGACAGAGAAGAAGAAAAAGACUAUUACUGAGAAGUACUUCGACUGGGAUCUGAUUAACAACACCAAGCCCAUUUGGAUGAGAAAUCCAAAGGAUGUGUCACCAGCAGACUACAACAGCUUCUUCAAGUCCACAUUCAACGAGUUCAUUGACCCAGCUGCACACACACAUUUCUCCACUGAGGGAGAGAUUGAGUUCCGCAGUUUACUGUACGUUCCAGGAAUUGGUCCAUUCAACCAAGAGGAGAUUUACAACCCAAAGACGAAAAACAUCCGCCUCUAUGUGAAGAGAGUCUUCAUCUCCGACGAAUUUGAUGGUGAGCUGUUUCCACGCUACCUGAACUUUAUCAAGGGAGUGGUAGACUCCAAUGAUCUGCCCCUAAAUGUUUCUCGAGAAAUUCUUCAGGAGAGCAGAAUUGUCCGCAUCAUGAAGAAACGGCUGGUCAGGAAGACUUUUGACAUGAUUGAUGAGAUUGCGAAGAGAGAGAAGGCUGAGGAUUAUCAAAGCUUCUGGACGAACUUUGGGAGGAACAUCAAAAUGGGUUGUAUUGAGGAUGCAGGAAAUCAUGUGCGAUUGGCACCUUUGUUGAGGUUUUACUCGAACAAAGGUGGAGAUGAACUGGUGAGCCUUCCACAGUACUUGGAGAGGAUGAAGCCCAACCAGUCGUCCAUAUACUACCUGGCGGCUGACAGUUUGAAGAGUGCAAAGAGUGCGCCAUUCCUCGAGGAGCUUGAGAAGAAGGAUUUCGAGGUGCUGUUCCUCGUGGAGCCAAUUGACGAGGUGGCAAUCACAAACCUGCAGUCAUUCAAGGAGAAGAAGUUCGCUGAUAUCAGCAAGGAAGGCCUGGAUUUGGGUGAGGAAGUGGACAAGAAAAAGGAGGAAGAGAAAGAGAAGAGUUACAGACUCCUUUGCGACUGGAUGAAGCAGAAACUUGGUGACAGGGUUGCCAAGGUCCAGGUGUCCAACAGGAUUAGCAGCUCCCCUUGUAUCCUCGUCUCUGGCAAGUUUGGCUGGUCAGCAAACAUGGAAAGGAUCAUGAAGGCACAGGCGAUGGGCGGAGAUAGUUCUCAGUUGGAGUUCAUGAAGGGCCGCCGCAUUUUGGAAAUCAACACAGAUCAUCCAAUCAUCAAGGAUUUGAACGUGGCUGCAAGGGAUACCCCUAACAAUGACAAGGCUGCAAAUAUGGUGGAGCUGCUAUAUGAGACCUCUCUCCUCACAAGCGGUUUCUCGCCGGAGAACCCUUCAGACUUCGCAAGCCGGGUUUAUGAGAUGAUGGCUCUCACAGUUGAGGACAAGAGGAAUGAAGAGAGAGCUGCAGACGAGGCAGUGAGGUUGGCGCAGGCCAAGUACGGUGCAGGUACAGCUGCAGAUGCAUCUGAUUCGUCCACCGAUGAAGUAGUCGAGCCAGAGGUGCCAUCAAUCAAUGAAGUAGUUGAGCCAGAGGUGAUAGAAUCUGGUGACAAUGACCCUUGGAAGAGCUGAGCAGCAGAGAUGCAUGUCGUUGACGGACUGGGUGGGAUGGGUUGUAGGUUACAAAUUUUUGGAUCGGAACUUAUUCAGGUCCCUAGGCUAGGCUUGUGAAGAGAAGCACGGAGCCAUUGACAUUUAGGAGGAGGAUGUAACUUGCGGAUGUAGUGUAGUUUGUAGAGCAGACAGUGAGUAGGCAACGGCUGAGGGCUCGUGUCUUUUACUCAAUUACCCUUGGAGGUGGUUUUGGGCUACCCCCCCCUUGAAAGAUUACGUUCUCGUUGUUCUGCUGUCUUCUUGAAGAAUCCUAUUCUUCAUUCUUGUGUUUUUCACAUGCUGCGUCAAUCUCUUUUUGAAUAUGGGCUGGAGCUUGUCCUUAACUUGAAGAGGGUUUUUGAACUGUUGUACUGACUCCGUUUUGGCUUAUUUUUUGUC